AUGUCUGCAAACCUUCCGCCAUCAUUCAAACCAAUCGCUCAUUACAUCAAAAUCGCCAACGAGAAUGCCAGUCGUGAUCCAGUUAUCUACUAUUGGUCCCUCGUCUGUAUGGCUCUCAGCUCCGCCUUCCCACCGACCACUUCAUUCAACGAAUCCUCGUGGCGACGCCUUCAGAAGACGAUUCUCGUCGAAAAAGAAUCCAUCGAACGCCGUGAUUCUCUUCGUGACUCCAUUGACAAUCCAGAUCCAGAAUCCAUGGAAGUUCAUCUGAAAUCUGAGGAAAUCGCCGCAGAAAUCCAACAGAAAACGGUGAAUUGCGAUGAGAUACGAGCCAAAAUCGCGGCGAUAAACGCGAAAAUUCUGAUUGGAAAACGAAAAACGGCGGAAAUCGAUGAGAAAUUGGCGAAAAAGCGAGAGGACGAGGGGAAAUUGGAGAGAAAAGUUGAGCAGUAUGAGAAGGUGAACGGAGAGAAUUCGGAGAGAAAGACGAAGGAGAAACGAGUAAUUUCGAUCAUGAUUCGACUCCUUUCGUGUCGGAAAUUGGCUUUGAUUGAGGAGAUUUUCGCGAUUUUUAAGCUGAAAAUUGAUGGAGGACCUGCUUCAAGUCGCCUCGCGCCUCGUAACUGUAAUUGUCAAGUGAUCGAUUCGAUUCGUGGAAUUCAUCUCCCUCAACUCUCCUACAUAUUCAAUCAUCCAGAAGCACAAACCUACUCGGCACUUCAGAAUACCAUCCAUCUCUUCGACGCGAUCUGUCGAAUUUUAAAUUUCGCGCCAAAAUACCCCACCGAAUCUCUCAUGACCCCCCUGAAAUCCACGUGGAAGAAACGGGCGGAUCGUGAGAAAUUUGUGGAUUCGAUGAUUUUGUUGGGAAAGAAUAUUAGUCAGUUGAGAGAGGCUUGUGGUAUCCCGACGAUGGCUACGGAUCGGACACUGGGCACUCUGGAGGAAUGGCAUCGAUUUGUGAUUCAGAAGAAGACGGUGUUCGAGAGACCGAUUCAGAGUGUUUUCAGCCUAUUCUACGCCGUCCAAACCGCAAUGAAAUUGGACAAAUCGAGUGUGGAAGCACGUCAAUACCUGACUGGACUACUCACAACUCUCGAAGCGAUCAAAACUCAGUUGGCUGAUAACGACGCGAUCAAGAAUGAGACAAUCGCUCAGGCUCAUAUCGAGAGUUUCGCCGAGAAGUUGUUCAAUUUUGCGGAUAAGAAGGAGAAGACUGGAAAUGUUGACAAAUCAGUGGUCCACGCGUUCUACACAGCCGGACACGUUAUGGAUAUUCUCGCGCUUUUUGGAGAGAUCGACGAGCCAUUCCUUUCUUCGAAAAAAUACGCAAAGUGGAAGAGUACUCAGAUCUUCACAUGUCUUCGCGACGGAACUCCAUACGUAUCGAGUAGUCAACAGGAGGCCGACGAUGAUGAGUUGGCACAGUUCGGAUCGCAGUUUCAGCCGAGUUCUUCUGCUUCGAUUGGUGCGGGGGGACCACAAGAACACAGUUAUGGACAACCCGGACCACCGGGGAUUGGAUUUGGAGCUGGAAUUCCGAGUGUUCCAUCUGAUCACUCUCUGCCACCUCCUCAACCACCAGCUCGUUCCAACAUUCCACCACCACCAGCAUACUCUUCAACUCCAAAUCUUCCAUCCCAGCAACAACAAUUCUAUCCACCUCCCCCAUCACGUCGUCAACAACCACAUCAAUACGAAGACUUCUCGACUCCACCACCACCGGCUCCAGCUGGAUCUGUGCCAACUGAAGAGGAGUUCUCUGAAAUUCGCAGACUGACAAAGUAUGCGAUGAGUGCCGUCGAUUAUGAGGAUGUGAAGGCGAUUCGCGAGAAUUUGAUGAAGGCGUUGGCAAUUGUUCAGAAAUAUUAA